CCCGAAUCCUUCACGCAGACGAUUUGCACAGCCCCGGAAAAUUUUUUCAUUGAUCCAGUCUACUCGGCCCAAAAAUAGAUCUUCGACGAAGUUAAAGUGGAAUCCGUCUGGGCGAAAGGCUAUACGGGGAUGGGAGUAAGAGUUCGAAUCAAUGACUCGGGGAUGGAAAUCGAUCACCCGGAAUUUCUUGGCCGGGUGGAUCUGGACGCUUCGUGUCCCAUAUACGAACCAGCUGAAUCCCUUCUAUUUGGAUCCAAUGACGCAUCAUUUCACGGAAAUGUUGUUGCAUCUCUSGUCGGCGCUACUGCCGACAAUGGUACGUCGACUGUUAUACCUGUUAUUGGUGCUCCUUACGUGUCAUCGGACAGAAACUAUGGAGAAAUUGUCAGUGUUUUUCUGUUUGUGUUUCUGUGCAUGAGGCUCGUAAAAGGAACUCGGAUUCUAGCGUGCGAUCUUGGUUCGGAGGACGGCGUAGCGUACCACUGUCGUUGUCUGCUGGCCUCCUCAGUGAAGGAAUGGCUCGGGGAUACCCCAAUAGAUGCAUCCAUCGAAGAGCGACAGCACAAAUCUAGCGAAGAGUAAUGUAGCACUAGAAGAAAAAAUCGGGAGCCUUGCAUUUUCUCAUUUUUUGGUUUGCUUUCACAACUCGUAAAGACUACUGUGGGGUGGGUGUAGCCCCCGGUGUCACCUUUUCAUCCUGCAAUCUCUUUGGUACAUCAGACCUUGCAGAAGAUCUGCAGUACAAGCUGGAAGAUAUUGACAUUUCUCAAAACUCGUGGGGCGAAGCGGGGUGUCGAAAAAAAAAUAGAAAACUARAUUUUUUUUGCAGCACUCCCGACUGCAAUCGCAGGCUACAAGAAGAAGGCAUAAGCUUCUGCCCRUUUGUCCACAAGCCUUUUGAAUCAUACAACGAAUUUCCCUGCGACCACUGCGAUUUCAGAGUUGCUUUCCAAUACUCUGAACAGGGGGAGGAUUGCAAAAUGAAGAUGGUCAACCAUUGUAAAGCAUUUCCAGUGCAAGAAAACAAAGCGUGCAUGGAGAUCUAUGGCUUGAUAUUGGCUGGAGAAAAAUCAGAAGGCGAAUGCUACUUCCGGUACCUUGAUGAAGGCUCGUUGGAAUCAGUUUUGAGGGGCGUCACAGAGGGAAGGGACGGCAAGGGCAUCAUUUAUGUCAUGUCGUCGGGCAACGACUUUGCUAAUGGAGACGAUACCAACUUCCAAGGAUUCAAUACGAGGUACAUGAUUCCCGUGGCGGCCGUCUCAAAAACCGGCAAUUUUUCGAGUUAUUCGACACCUGGAGCAUCGAUUUUUGUCUCUGCUCCUGGUGGGGACAAUAGUCAAGCCGUGACAAACGUCGUCGCAGCAGCAAAAAACGGUGCCUGCGCGCAGAUAGCUWCAGGUCAWGGAACCAGUUAUGCGGCCCCCAUUGUAUCCSRUGUAGUGGCAUUGGUAAGAGGAUGUUUGUAUUCUGCGUAGGUUUUUUCAUUACUUGAMAGAUUUGGAAUYAUGAAUUGCUUCAAGUUUGGUGCUAAUGCACGAGUAAUUUUCUUUAUCGUUAUGACUCAGAUGCUKGAAGCAAAUCCUGAUCUUGGUUGGCGAGAUGUGAAAUACAUCUUGGCCCUUACAGCAGAAGAGAAGAAAGACAAAAACGAUGAAACUGUUGCAAGGAAUGGAGCUGGGAUUGUUCAUUCCAAUCGUUACGGCUUUGGAAUUGUCAACGCAGAAAAGGCAGUGGAAACYAGCGAGAGAUGGACCAACAUUGGGCCUGAGCAAAUGCUGUUUYAGGAAGGCAAGGGCAACAUCCACAUUCCGGAUGACCCCAGCAAAGUYACCGAAAUUCCGCUCUAUUUUGACCACGACAGCAAAUUUAUCGCGGAAAGCGUUUAUUUGGAAAUAAAGCUUGAGCACUCAUCUCGAGGCCAUCUGCGAAUCGAGCUAGUUUCCCCCAUGGGGAUGACCUCUGUGAUGGCUCCYGGAAGACGCCCCGAAGCACAGCAAUCGGGAUGGAUGAAGUUUACCUCUGUGCGGCACUGGGGAGAAGACCCCGAUGGCACAUGGACCAUUAAGAUUGUUGAUACCACCCCUGGAUAUGUUAACGACUGUAUCAGCUAUCGCGAUUAUGGAAUUGAUUUGCUUGUCUUUGAGAAUCGAUAUGUUWCAUUAAGCUGUGACUUCRGAGCUAUUGAUGAUCUCCGCRAUUUUUGUCGUGAUGGAGAUCCGUUUUAUAUUGACCAAUUUAUGGAAAGUUGUGAARGCUACAAUUACACRGUAGGUGAUCAUUGCAGCAGGAUCGAACAAGUUAUGAAUAGAAAAAGCGCCGGAAUGACUGCUCGUGAGGCAUGCUGCGAGUGCGGGGGUGGCUUUAAGCCCAACAUGUUGCCGGAGGAAGUUUUGGAAUGGAAGGUCACCAUCUACGGACACGAAAAGAUGCCCGGAGAAGGGGCCUUCUCCGGAGUCGAAGGUUCAACCGAGCUAGGAAAAUGGGGCAACAGAGGAAGAGUUUACGUUGAGGAUCGCCUCCGCGUCCCUUAGGAUGCAAUCUCUGGGCGUUCUGCGUAGCAUAUGGAAUGCUCURUACCAAAUACACGCUCAAAAACGCA